UUCGACACACAUUUUCCCACUGGCCGCAAAAUCCGACAAAAUCGGCUCGCCUCUUCUCUUUAAUUCCCAUACUCUAGGAUAUCCUUUUGCCCUUAAAUAACCUGCCUUCAGAAAUAAGAAGAUAUGGGGGGCAAAUCAGCGAACAAGGCCGGCUACUUCGACAAGCUCAAGGGCUUGCUCCAAGACUACAAGUCCAUCUUCAUUGUCGAGAUUGACAAUGUCUCGUCUCAGCAGAUGCACGAGAUCCGACACUCCCUUCGUGGUAAGGGAGUUGUCCUGAUGGGCAAGAACACCAUGGUUCGCCGAGCUCUCAGGACCUUCCUCGUCGACACUCCCGAGUACGAGCGCAUCCUGCCCUUCGUCAAGGGCAACGUCGGCUUCGUCUUCACCAACGGCGACCUCAAGGAGAUCCGUGACCAGCUGCUCGCCAACCGUGUCGCUGCUCCCGCCCGUGCCGGUGCUGUCGCCCCCGUCGACGUGUGGGUUCCCGCUGGAAACACCGGCAUGGAGCCUGGCAAGACCUCCUUCUUCCAGGCUCUCGGUGUCCCCACCAAGAUCGCCCGUGGUACCAUUGAAAUCACCACCGAUCUGAAGCUCAUUGACGCUGGCAACAAGGUCGGCCCCUCCGAGGCCUCGCUGCUCAACCUGCUCAACAUCUCCCCCUUCACCUACGGUAUGGGUAUCGCUCAGGUCUACGACCAGGGCCAGACCUUCCCUCCCUCCAUCCUCGACAUUGGCGAGGAGCAGCUCCUCAAGGCUCUGUCCACCGCCAUCACCACCGUCGCCACCAUCUCCUUGGCCAUCAACUUCCCCACCCUGCCCUCCGUCAUGCACUCUCUUGUCAACUCCUACAAGAAGGUCCUGGCUGUUGCCGUUGAGACCGAGAUCAGCUGGCCCGAGAUUGAGCAGCUCAAGGACCGCAUCGCCAACCCCGAGGCCUACGCCGCUGCUGCUCCCGCUGCCGCCGCCGGUGGCGCUGCCGCUGCCACUGAGGCUGCCCCCGCUGAGGAGAAGAAGGACGAGUCCGAGGAGGAGGAUGAGGAGGGCUUCGGCGGUCUCUUCGACUAAACAAUCAAUAUCGAUAACGGGUCGGCUUUCAGGGUUAAUUCGGUUUGUUUUACGGUUUAUGGAUCUAAAUCUAUGGGUGCAUAGGUCAUUGGUUGGUCAGAUGAGGACCAAUGCGAUGCUUGCAUGAGACACGGAAAGAACAAUGAAAGUUGCAAGUCAACGAUUGAAAGAAAUGAUUUGAACGGGUCAACUUGUGCAUGUCGGCUUGUGAUGAUG